GCUGGAGAAACGCAUGAUGCGGUGGUGCUGCUGCUUCGGUUCCGAAUGUCUGUCGGAAGGCCGCAGCCUCCUUCCGCGCCCCCACCCGCCUUGCUCAUGUGUAUGCAUGAGGCGUUCCUGCAGCCAUCCGCUGGAUAUUGAUGUGUUUUAAGGAGGUGUCCCCUGCCCUGCCUCCCUUCGUCCCCGCCUCUUCUCUCUCAACCCAUCGCAACCCCCCUCCCUCCCUCCCCCGCGUCCUCUCCCCCCCUCCCUCCUCGCCGCCGCUGAAGAACCGCCGUGUCUCGGUGCGCUCAGACGCGCUCGGCGUUCAGUCUCGCGCGGACCCUCGAUGGCCUCCGAUCGCAGGGACUGCAUGAAGCACAUCAGCAGCCCCAUCGUCCCCUAGCAAAACCCACGCGUGGAUUACCGCAUUGUUUUGUCCUUCCCCACCCAGAGACGUAGCGAGGAAAAUGAUGAUGAUGCGCGCACCUUGGUGGAUUUCCCUUUUGUGCGUCUGUGGAUUGAUGCAAGUCGGUCACCAGAGCAACCCCCAUUCCCUUAACGGUGACGCUUGGUCGAGCGUCAAGACGCCUCGUAAAGAAGGCGCCUGGCUGGGCAAGAAGAAGGAGGACACGGUGCCUGUUCGUCUGCUUUACACCAGACACAACCACAGCAUGAUCGGCCACCAUGAGCUCAGCACGCGCAUCACGGGCAGCCCCGGAUCCACGCAGGUGAACCACGUGGCCCAGGCCAGCUUUCAAGUGGAAGCUUUUGGCAGGAAGUUCACCUUGGACGUGGAGCUCAAUCAUGACCUGCUGUCUUCAGAAUACGUGGAGAAGCAUUUGUCAGCGAAAGGGAAGACGGUCGUCACUGCUGGAGGAGAGCACUGCUACUACCAGGGGAAAGUCAGAGACAUUCCUCACUCCUUCGCCGCCCUCUCCACUUGUCAUGGCCUACACGGGAUGUUUUUUGACGGCAAUCACACGUAUCUGAUUGAACCUGGAGGAGCUGGCGGCGGUAACCACAGUGAUGUCCACUUGAUAUACAAAAAUGGAGGACCAGAUGGACUUCAUGACCUCCUCAACGGUAACCUUCCUGAGCCGCCCUUCCCCAGUCCAACAUUUCCUGGGUCACGACUUGUCCACAGGAGAAAGAAGAGACAGGCAUCACACAUGUCACGGAGUGUGGAAGAUGAGAUCAAAUACAUCGAGUUGAUGGUGAUCAAUGACCAUUUAAUGUACAAGAAGCAUCGCCUCUCCGUGGGCCACACCAAUAACUAUGCUAAGUCAGUGGUCAAUAUGGCUGACAUGAUUUUCAAGGAACAACUCAAUACACGCAUUGUGCUGGUCGCCAUGGAAACGUGGUCCACCGAUAACAAAUUCAACAUUGACGACGACCCCAUGGUGACCCUGAGGGAAUUUAUGAAGUACCGCAAGGAUUUCAUCAUGGAGCGAUGCGACUCUGUACACCUAUUCUCAGGGAACCGUUUUCACAGCAGCUGGGGGGGAGCUUCCUACAUGGGAGGAGUUUGCUCCCUCACCAAAGGGGGCGGUGUCAAUGAGUAUGGAAAAACAGAUGAGAUGGCCAUAACGCUGGCUCAGUCCCUGGGGCAGAACAUUGGCAUCUUCUCGGAUAAGAAGAGGAUCCUUAAUGGAGAGUGCAAGUGUGACGAUCGUUGGUCAGGCUGCAUCAUGGAUGAUGUUGGUUUCUACCUGCCCAAGAGGUUCUCCGACUGCAACGUGGAGGAAUACUACAACUUCCUCAACAGUGGAGGAGGAACCUGUUUGUUCAACAAGCCCUUCAAACUUCUGGACCCUCCUGAAUGUGGUAAUGGCUUUGUGGAGUCCGGGGAGGAAUGUGACUGUGGCAGCCCAGUGGAGUGUGCAAGAGAGGGUGAGAACUGCUGUAAAAAGUGCACGCUGACACAAGGCUCGAAAUGUAGCGACGGACUCUGCUGCAAUAAUUGCCAGAUGGAAUUCUCGGGGGUCGUGUGCCGAGACGCGGUGAAUGACUGCGACAUUCCUGAAAAUUGCACGGGAAAUUCCAGCCAGUGUCCACCAAAUUUGCACAAGAUGGAUGGCUACACGUGCGAAAAAGACCAGGGGCGCUGCUUUAACGGGAGAUGCAAAACCAAAGACAAACAGUGCAAGUACAUUUGGGGAGAGAAGGCAACUGCAGCUGAUAAGUUCUGUUACGAGAAGCUCAACAUCGAAGGCACCGAGAAGGGCAACUGUGGGCGGGACAAAGACACGUGGAUCCAGUGUAACAAGCAGGACGUUCACUGCGGUUACCUGCUGUGCUCCAACAUCUCUCCUUCUCCACGACUGGGAGAGCUUCAGGGAGGCCUGACUUCCUUCUCCGUAGCAAGACAUAGCGCCUCUCUGGACUGCAGCGGUGCUCACGUGCUGAUCGACGGAGACACCGACUUGGGCUACGUGGAAGACGGCACCGCCUGCGGGACAGACCGCAUCUGCUUCAACCACAAAUGUCUCCCCAUCCAGCAGUUCAACUUCAGCAUCUGCCCCGGGACCACCGACAAAAGCGUCUGCUCGGGACACGGGGUGUGCAGCAAUAAGCUGAAGUGUGUGUGUUACCUGGGCUGGGCCGGAGACGACUGCAACUCCACGUCGCCUCUCAGCUAUCUCGUGGUGGGACCCACAGCGUCUGUUUCAGGCAUCAGCAGUACCAACAUCAUCAUCAGCGCCAUCGUCGGCUCCAUCCUCUUCCUCGCCCUCAUCCUGGCUGUGACGGCCUGGUGCUACAAGAGUUACAAGCGGAGAUGCUACGUGGAGUCGGAGGUUCACCGAAGAUUCUGCCGACAAAUGCCGCCGGGCGACUAUGUCACAAAGCCGAACGACGCCGAUUCUUUCUACAGCGACAUGCCGCCCGGCGUGAGCACAAACUCGGGUUGCAGCUCCAAGAAGAGGUCAGCGUGUCUGUCGCACCUUCAGAUAUGCGCCUUGUCCUUCACGCCUUCCAUCCCAUCCAUUACACAGAACAUCUCACUGUUUGGCUUCAGAUCUAAUGGCCUUUCCCACUCGUGGAGCGAGAGAAUCCCAGACGCCAAACACAUCUCGGAUAUUUGUGAAAACGGGCGACCGAGGAGCAACUCGUGGCAAGGAAACAUGAGCGGCCAUCGCAAGAAACUGAAAGGAAAGAAAUUCCGUGCUCGCUCCAACUCCACAGAGUAUUUAACCCCGCACGACAAAACAGACUAUUGUGAUGUAACUAAAUGGGUAGAAGAUGUGAAUAAAAACACGCAAGGACCGUACCUUAGGACCCUUUCCCCGGCCAAGUCUCCCACUUCCUCUACAGGCUCCAUCGCAUCCAGCAGGAGAUACCCUUACCCCAUGCCGCCUCUGCCCGACGACCAGCGGAAAGCAAACAGGCAGAGCGCCAGACUGUGGGAGACGUCAAUAUAAGAGCACGUCGUCAUGAGAUGAAAAACACACGAAGCAAAACGGGCGUAGACCGGGAUGAGCAUCUCAUCAUUCAAGACGCCGGGUGAACCACAAGUGGCGUAAAACUGGAGCUCAGACCCCCUCCCAAAAUACCUUGACCCCCCCCCUCAUGUGGUCCACACAUCCAUGCAGCAUCACCAGAUCAAGUGGAGCAUUUGUGGCUACAAACACUGAAUGCAUGAAGCAGCUCCAAAGGACCCUUUUGGACACAACGCAUGCGAGGAACACACACACACACACACUUCACAUCUCUCUCCCCCUUUUCCAUUAUAACCAACAAUAUUGCAUCAUUGCUC